GGCGGCGCCCCAGUCCGAGCCGCCCCGUCCGUCCCGGCGUCCCGCCCCGGGGCUCCCCGCGGUUCCUUCCCGCCACCGUCCUCUGCUGCCCCCGAUCCGCUGCACAGGGGGGGCCCCACCUGGCCAUGGCCGAGCCUGGAGAACAGCUGCCAGAGGAGGUGCUGGCGCUCAUCUUCCGCCACCUGCCCCUGACCGACCGCGCUGCUGCAGCGAGGGUCUGCAGAGCUUGGGCUGCCGCUGCCACCUGCAGCGCUGUGUGGCACGACACGAGCAUCAGUUGCGACUGUGAGCUGGAAGGCAUGCUGCCGCCGUAUCUGUCCGCUUGCCUGGACCACGUUCAGAAUCUAUGGCUGGAAUUUGAGCCGUCGAGGAAGUCGAGUCGCCGGGCGGCCACGGAGUUACUGACUGCACUGACGGGCCGUAACCCCGGGCUUCGAGGCCUGUGCCUGGAGUGCCGUGGAGAAAAGCCGCUCUUCGACGCCGGCCGCGACGUCCUGGACGCGGUGCACGCCCUCUGUGGGGCGGCCCGCGCGCUGCGCCACCUCGACCUGCGGCGCCUGCCCUUCUCACUGGACGACGCGCUGGUGCUGCAGGUGGCACACGGUUGUCCGGAGCUCCGCAGCCUUUUCCUGGAUAACAGAACGCUGGUGGGCAGCGUAGGGCCAGGCUCCGUGCUCGAGCUGCUACAGGGCUGCCCCUUCCUGCGCGCCCUUGGCCUGCACCUGGCCAGCCUGUCGCGCACCGCGCUCGAGGCACUGGCGGCGCCAGAGCGCGCGCCUUUCGAGCUCCUCGCCCUGCGGUGCGCGUGUCCGGAAGACGCACGCGCGCCCCCCCUGCCUGAUGAAACCUGGGCCGCGUUGAGCCGCCGCCACCCGGGACUGGAGGUAGAGCUGGAGCUAGAGCCGGUGCUGCCUGCAGAGAGCGUGACGCGCGUCCUGCAGCCAGCCGUACCCGUGGCUGCGCUGCGCCUCAGCCUCUCUGGGGACACCGUAGGCCCAGUGCGCUUCGCGGCGCGCCACUACGCUGCAACCUUGCGCGCGCUUGAGGUGCGCGCCGCCGCCUCGGCAGAGCUGGACGCCGCACUGGAGGAGCUGGCAGCGCGCUGCGCGGGCCUGCGCGAGGUACACUGCUUCUGCGUGGUGCGACCUUCCGUGCUGCACGCCUUCCGCGCGCGCUGCCCGCGCCUGCGCAGUUACACGCUCAAGCUAACGCGGGAGCCCCAUCCCUGGCGGCCCACGCUUGUGGCGUGAUGGGACAAACGCUCUUUCCGCUCCCUGCGGACGUGUGUCCUCUGAAAUGCUGCGUGGGUUUGCCCAGGGGCGGGCCAGCUGCUAGCCCUCUCCUUUGGGACUCUUACCUCUUGUCCCUCGCGAGGAUUAGAGCCUAUAAAGUGGCAUCGUUACCGGUCCAGGGCGCCCUGAGCCCACUCGUUGCUUUCAACAUCUGCAGACACCCACUGUCCCCGUAGUACAGGGGUCACCCUCCUCCAACCCCAGUCCUCUGCAAACGUGUCGCCAGCUCGGCGGCCCUGGCGUGGGGGGAGGGAGGGCACAGGUUCAAGUCGUGCCUCAGGGGUGUGUGUGUUAGUGCCUCUGGGGUGAGUGUGGAAUAAAUCAAGCAUUAUCUCUGA